GGCGCCGACGUGGAUCCGCCGCCAUUUUCUUGUAGCUCGGGCAUUGGGCGGCCCCCACGCAUGUACCUGGGAUCGGGAAGAGCGCCGCCAGGCGGGUGUUCUGGCUGAGGCCGGCUCCGUCCUUGGUGUCCCGGAUAAAGUCUACCAUGUGGUGGCAGCCAUGCCAGGGCCUGCGAUCCUGCGUCCUCCAUCAUCCCCCCAUGGUGACUUUUUUUCUCUGUGUCGUGACGCUAGGCUUCACCUACCUGUCCCUGGGAGUGUACAUCAAGACCCAGCCAGUGAGAGACAUCGAUUUCACCCAGGACUGGGGUGACAUCCUCCAAGCCGUAAGCGUGGGUAAGGUCUGCGCUCGGGGCAACAGUAGCCGACGCAAGACCACCGUGGAAGGGACCAGGACUGUGAAUCCUGAGGACAGCGCCAAUGUGAACGCCCUGGUCACCUUUACCGUCUCUCCGUGGCAACUAGCGGUCAAUCACAGCAGCUUGCAGAUAAUAGCCACGGGCACCCAGCUUGGCAUGAGAGGUCAGUUUGGGUGGCAGACCUGUCCCGGUGAGGACACCCCUCUGACUUUUUCUCUGACCCCCUACUGGUGGUCCAUCCAGUGUAACGGCAGUGAAGCAGAGUGCACGGUGAAGUACUGUGUCAGCUUGACUGGUCCUCGAGAUCUUCUGCCGCAGAGCAGAUAUUGA